AUGUCAGUGCAGCCGUGUUCCAAUGAAACGGCGGGAGAUCCUAUGGAUCACGUUUCACCGAUGGACACAACGGAACAAACUGGCUCGUUUCUUCAAGUUCCGGCCAACUUUGAAAUUCUUAUGAGAUGUUCGAUUUGCAUGGAAAUAUUUCAUAAUCCAGCCACCGUCAGUCCUUGCAAUCACAAGUUCUGUUAUUCUUGCCUUCUGUCAUGGAAAAGGACAAAUCAGACAGCUGUCUGCCCUCAGUGUCGGGGACCGAUCCAUUCAAUGCAGAAGGAUGCACAGUUUAAUGAAAUUGUUGAGUCAUUCCUACAAGCGAAUCCAUCUAAGCGCCGCUCGUCAAGCGAGCUGGAAUCGCUUGAUGCUAUGGAGACUGAGUGCACAGAAUGGCAAAAUGGAAAUCAGCGAGGACGUCGAAGAGGUUCCAUGCCACAGCCGCGGAACCGAUCUGUUAGGGACAGAACCGUCCGUACUCCUUUGCUAGUUCGUGUUAGCCAAAUUCGCGCUCAUCGGCCAGCUCAACGGCAACGCGGUCAUCGGGGAAUUCUUGAGGACUGGUUCAAUCUCUAG